GACAAGAUUCUGGUAGUGGCUAGAUUGAAAUGGGAAGAUACUAAUUGGGUCCAUGAAAACUUCCCCGACUGGAAAACUGCCGUUUACACGGUCAAUGACCAGGAGGCGGAACUUCACACGAGCACAAAUAAAGGCCGUGAAGCAAAUGCCUAUCUUACUUACAUUGUAGACAACUAUUCCCAGCUCCCAUCGAUAAUGGUGUUCUUACACAGUCAUCGAAAUCACGAUCACGGAUCACGCGAUGUCGGAGACCUCAACUUUGAUAACGUCGCAUCCGUCAAAGCUCUCAAUAUCGAUUUUGUCCACCAGACCGGUUACGUGAAUCUACGUUGCAUUCAGAGUCCAGGUUGUCCCGCUGAGAUUCAACCGUUUCGACCAGCUGACGAGCUGUCUGACCUGAGGCCUCAGGAACGCGCCAUGGUGAGCGCGUGGAACGAACUAUUUGGAAACUUCGACGUCCCGAAGAUCAUUGCGUCGCCUUGUUGCGCACAAUUUUCCGUCUCGAGAGAUCAAGUGUUAAAGAGGUCGAAAGAUGAGUAUCAGAGGUAUCUAAAAUGGCUUUUGGAUACGCCCCUGAACGAUGCCACGUCUGGAAGAAUAUUUGAGUAUCUUUGGCAUAUCAUUUUUGGCAGAGAGCCUGUACACUGUCCAGAUAUGAAUCAAUGCUACCAGGAUCUAUAUGGGAGUCCCCCGCGGUGGAAUGCGAGUAGCAACACACCGUGUAAGUCGAUCUAG